AAGACGCUGAGUAGUUGUGGGCAGGUGACUUACCGAUUGGUAUCUGAACGGUGGAGGCUCUUUGAUUCGGGAGUGAGAAGAGUGGAAAGAAGGAUUGGCGCGGAGCAUGUUGCUGGAGAAAAAAGAGGUGUUUGUUGGGUUGAACGGGGUCAAAAUAGGGAAGGAGAACGGCAUGCGGGCGGGACUGUACAACAGCCCGAGUCCACAGCAGCGCUUUCGUCGCAGAGGCCUUGCUCAAAGACGUCCUGCUCAUCUCUACCUUCUCAUCGCAGGAUUGCUUUCCAUAGCAGGAUUCAUCUUUGUUGGGCUGCGAGGGCAUACCAAUCCUUCCCAAUCUGUGAGUGAGAGAGCAGCUGGCAUUGAUGGCUCAACAGAAGAGGCACUUAGUCUGGACUCACUUUCAAGACAGCUUGGUGACCAAAUGAUACUUUGCAAAUCCUAUGCCGUUAUUGCGAAAGAGAAUAACAAUCUACAGUUGGCUUGGCAUCUGAGUGCUCAAAUUCGAGCUGCACAACAACUCCUAUCUCUUACCGCUACCCGAGGAACUCCAAUUCUAUGGGACGAGGCAGAACCAAUCAUGCGAGAGAUGGCUGCUCUUAUAUUUCAAGCCAAAGAGCUGCACUACGACAGUGCAACCAUGCUCAUGAAGCUUAAAGCUGAAAUGCAGGCUCUGGAAGAAAUGGCGAAUACAGCGGCUACCCAAAGUGCAACAUUUGGGCAACUAGCAGCUGAGGCAGUUCCAAAAAGUCUUCACUGCUUAAGCUUGAGACUUGUAACCAAGUGGGCUACUGACGAGAAGUUACGGGAAAAAGUAGGGGCGGCUGAGAAAAACUUAGCUCCUAAACUCACAGACACUCGGCUUUACCACUUUUGUGUCUUUUCUGACAACGUAUUGGGCGCUUCUGUUGUCAUCAAUUCAACGAUAGUGAAUUCGCAUCAUCCGGAGCUUCUUGUCUUUCAUGUAGUCACAGAUUUGGUGAAUCACGGGGCGAUGCAAACAUGGUUCGCUGAAAAUGAUUUCAAAGGAGUGGCUAUCGAGAUUCGAUACGUUGAGAGCUUUACAUGGUUGAAUGCUACAUAUGUUCCAGUUCUUAAGCAACUUCAAGAUGCAGGAACUCAAAGUUACUACUUCCGGUCUAACACCCAGGGUGGUGGAGAAACUCAGAAAACUGCGUUGAAGUUCCGGAAUCCUAAAUAUUUGUCUAUGCUGAACCAUCUCCGCUUCUACAUUCCUGAAGUUUAUCCCACAUUGGAAAAGGUUGUCUUCUUGGAUGAUGAUGUUGUGGUUCAACGGGAUCUUUCGGACCUUUUCUCGCUUGAUCUCCACGGAAAUGUUAACGGUGCAGUAGAAACCUGCCUGGAGAGCUUUCAUCGCUUCCACAAAUACCUGAAUUUCUCACACCCCAAGAUUAAGUCUCACUUCGACCCAGAUGCAUGUGGUUGGGCGUUUGGGAUGAAUGUUUUUGACUUGGAUAAGUGGAGGGAGAAAAACGUGACCGCGAGGUACCACUACUGGCAAGAACAAAAUGUAGACCGGACACUUUGGAAACUAGGGACGUUACCUGCAGGACUUCUUGCCUUCUACGGGCUUACUGAACCUCUAGACAGACAUUGGCAUAUUUUAGGACUUGGUUACGACGCAAAUAUUGAUACAGAAUCAAUUGAGAAUGGCGCUGUUGUGCAUUACAACGGCAACAUGAAGCCAUGGCUAAAACUAGCUAUGAGUAGGUACAAGCCUGUCUGGGAGCGGUACGUUGACUAUGAAAACCCUUACUUACGACAGUGUAAUUUUCACUAAACCAUUUGUUUAGUUUGCUUAGAGUUUUCACAUUCUUAACCCCAACCUGGAGGUCUUCUCGUUAUUUUCCAACCCAAGCAACUCCUUCUGAAGAUCUAUCAAGGAUGGGUUACUUCUCCAGCCGAUGUUCUUCAGGUCUACUAUUGGUGAACUCGACAUUAGUUUACCAAUAAAUUAUGCAUCAGAAGCUGUGUAAGCAGCAGUUAUCGGAGAUCUUCAGACCCUUAAAACGGGAACUCGGAGUCUGAUCUGCUACUUUCAGAACUGGAGGAGCAACCUCUGUUGAAUUGGCAGAGCAAGACAUAUGAAAGUGAAGACGCCAAGGUACAAAACAGAGCUGGUUCGAGGAUAAUCUGCCCCUUACCAUGGCAGUCUUUCUGGAAACUCGCGAAAGUUGGGUAGGUGCAAGGAGAGUAUAGAAAGGUGAUUUCUUGCUUUUGUUUAGAAGUGGAGUGUUCUCAUAUCAAACGCUCCUGCUCUACGCUCACUUGUGGAAUCAAACUUAUUUUCAUUGCUUUUGAAAAUUUCAAGUGGGAUCAUGGGACCCUGACUUAGGUGUUGUCCUUCUUGCCUUGGUCAAGAAAUAUAUCUACGUGUCUGUUUUUUGGAAUUGGAACGUCGAUUGUAGCUAUUACCCAAGCCAAAUUUGGCUUCCGUUGGGACAUGUCCAGACUUCAGAUCUCAUGUAUUACUUACUAAAAGACCCCGAAGGUGAUGUAGUUACUGGUAGUUGUUCAUGGAUAACCGUUAGCCUGCACUCAUGUGGCCAUUUCAUAUGAAAACUUCCCAGCGAGCCUGGCCGCUAGAGUUUUCUUGUGAUACCCUGGUAUUCAUAGCGAGACACAGGAUUUGAUUGCAAUGACACCGAAUCAUGUAACUUUAUGAGCUGUAGAUGAAUGCUGAUUUAGGUGCAUCAUCACACGAAAUUCUGUAGGAUGGAUCAAUCGACGCUGAUUCUCA